AUGCUGCUGUAUUUGUUGUCCUUUAUCCUAUCGGUGUCAGUGUUGACCGCCAGCGGCAGUAGCGGCGGGGAUGACGCCGAUGUGGAUAAACGGUUCAUGAUGAGACCGAUGGACCCGUUAACGCGGCGCAGCGCCCUAGACAAAAACUUCAUGCGGUUCGGACGCGCCCUAGACUGUUGGACGGCCGCCGGGGCGGCGAUUAAGCGACGCGAUCCGGCCGCUGCCAUAGGCCGCAGGCUGGAUUCGAAUUUCAUCAGGUUCGGCCGUCGUGAUUCCAACUUCAUCCGGUUUGGCCGCGGUGAGGUGUACACGCCCGGCGACAACAAGAUACCCCGGCGCCACUUCGACGUGGACGUGGACGGCCUGGAAGUUCGGUUCGGUCGUUCCGUGCAAAACAACGACAACGCCGCGGCAAUGGCCUACGACCGGGCCGCUGCCACACCGUUGAACCGUUGA